AACAACCCCGUCGCCAUGAGCCAGCUGGGGACCGUCUACGCCACCAAGAGACGGCGUCGGAACGGAAAGAGCUUAAAACCACCACAGAAAGACGGGGUGACGAAGUCGAAUCCCAGCAAGCGGCAUCGAGAGCGAUUAAACGCCGAGCUGGAUACGCUCGCGUCAUUACUUCCCUUCGAGCAAAAUAUCCUCAGCAAGCUGGACCGACUGAGCAUCCUCAGACUCAGCGUAAGCUACCUCCGCACCAAGAGCUACUUUCAAGUGGUGAUGCACAAGGAUAAGGAGGAGAAUUCGCACCACGACUCGCAUUACAGGGCGAGAGAGCUGGCAGCGCUCGCUGCUUACGACCAUCAUCACCUCGACGGCGAAAUGUUCCUACAGGCACUGAACGGGUUCCUGCUAAUAUUGACUUGCGACGGGGAAGUGUUUUUCGCUACCCAUAGCAUAGAGAGUUAUCUUGGCUUCCAUCAGUCUGACAUUGUCCACCAGAGUGUCUACGAACUGGUGCAUAGCGAGGACCGGGAGGAAUUGCAGCGGCAAUUAAUGUGGAAUUCUUUCCUGCCCGCCGAAAGUACAAGUCUGCCGUUGCACGACGCGCUCUCGCCCCAGCAUUGUCAUCUGCUCGAACGUAGCUUCACGGUUCGCUUCCGUUGUCUUCUCGACAAUACGUCCGGCUUUCUGCGUCUCGACAUCAGGGGCCGAGUCAAAGUACUUCACGGCCAGAACCGAAAGACGGAAGAGCCACCGCUGGCCCUGUUCGCCCUGUGCACACCGUUCGGGCCGCCUUCGCUCCUCGAGGUGCCGCAGAAGGAAGUAAUGUUUAAGAGCAAGCACAAGUUGGAUCUCGCGCUCGUGACGAUGGAUCAGAAAGGAAAGAUGCUCCUAGGCUAUUCCGAUGCGGAAUUAACGAAUCUCGGUGGCUACGAUCUAGUCCAUUACGACGACCUGGCCUACGUUGCUAGCGCGCAUCAAGAAUUACUGAAAACCGGUGCAUCGGGUAUGAUAGCCUACAGAUUUCAAACGAAGGACGGCGGCUGGCAGUGGCUGCAGACUAGCUCCAGACUGGUCUACAAAAACUCGAAACCAGACUUCGUGCUCAGUACUCAUCGUCCUCUCAUGGAGGAGGAAGGUAGAGACUUGCUCGGCAAACGUACGAUGGACUUCAAGGUGAGCUAUCUGGACGCCGGACUGACCAACAGCUACUUCUCUGACAGCGAUACUCUGACGGGGUCGGUCAUGACGCCGACGUUACCGGCGCAACCGGCGCCCCAGAGGGUGAACAGGCGAUACAAGACGCAGCUGCGGGACUUUCUGUCGUCGUGCCGCAACAAGCGCAAGCUCUCCGCGCAGUCGUCAGCCUCGCCACCGGCUCCGCCAGUCCCGCCCGUGGACUAUCUCACGGCGGACACCAGCGCGGCGGCCGCGGUCGCUGCGGCGUACAGCAAUUUGAACACCAUGUACCCGACGCCGUACGCGCCCACAGCGGUGGCGGCGAGCACCGAUCCUUCCCUGACGACUUACAUCGGUCACACGGGCAACUACCAUCAGACCCUCUAUCCGGCGACUGCGUUAGAUAACAGGUACCUCACGGCUGCGACGGAGAAUCUAUUUCAAUACAGGCCGCUGGGCUCGUAUUACUCGGAAUACCACACCGGCACCGCGUACAACGGCUUCAUCGACGUGUCGUUGCCCACGUACGAGACCCAUCAGCUGGCCAGCAAGACGGACGAGAAGCUCUACUGCCAACAACUCGGUAGCGGCGAGUCGCCGAAAUACGGCUACGUGGAGACGAGGCAUCCCGGGAGCGUGAGCGGCUCGCCGUACGCCGCCAGUCCCGUGGCGAGCGCGUCCACGAUGCAUCCAGCGACGACCGAUAUGAACGUGGUGCGCGCCGGGAGUAGGCACUCGCUGGAGGGCGGCGCGUCGUCCAGCAACUCCGCCGGCAGCUCACCGGUGACCGGCACGGCCAACGGCAUGCUGACGCCGAAGAUCGAGGACGUGAAGCCCGAGGUGUACGGCAACGAGGCGCCGCGGCAGACCGUGCUGAUGUGGGGCGCGCCGCCGUCGCGCACACCACCCAGGAACAACGGCAGCUACAGCCCCCCGACGCCGCAUUCGACCCACUCGUCCACGCACUCGACCAACACCACCGGCGAUCCGCUUAAGUCGCUCGCGGAGAUGAACUCCAUGAACGGAGACUGCAAGUGGCGACAAACCUCGCCGACGGAUCAGCAAGUGACCGCGCCGAGUCCGCCGAGGAACAAUAAAACGCAACAAUCCCAGCAGCAGCAACAGCAGCAGCAGCAGCAGCAACAUCAUCAUCAGCAACAGCAGCAUCAACAAUAUCCUGUCACGACGUCGCAAUAUCAAGCAGCCGCAGCUGCUGCCGCGGCCGCUGCCGCCGCAGCCAGCACCAUCGGUUACUCUACGCACUCUCAUCCAGGCCAUGGCGGACACGGGGAAACGGGCUCCGAGCACGCCACCGUCAGCUGCGGGAACGGGGACGGGGGUGGCGGCAGGCAUGGGCAUGGGCACCGGGGUGGACACCAGCACCAGCAACAACAACAGCAACGUCUUGUACCACCCUCCGCACCACCACCAUCACGUAGUGGGAUCGUCAGCGGCAGCGGCGGCGGCGGCGGGAAUGGGCCCAACUGUCCCACAGAUUCCAAACCGGACGCCGGGAGUCCUUUGCUGUCCAUCUCUGAGGUGACUAACACCCUGCUCAACCAAUAGUCCCCUGGUCACUUCGGCGUCGCUUUAUAUCAGUGAUGAAGGUAUCUCCGAGGAGAUGUCUUCGUCGAAGCGGAUCCCAAAACGUGUCACUGUACCAUACAGAUAAUGUCGAUUAAAAAAGAGAACUAAGAAAUAUACGUAUAGUACUGUAACAUACUCAUUGCAAAGCUAAUAACCAACCUAGUAUUACAUAACUUUUAUUGCAUUAAUUUAUCCGUACCGAUACGUUAAGUGGAUGUUCUUCAGGAUUCACAGUUUGAGUCUGCAUGUGACACUGAUCGCAAGCUUUGUGUGCAUGAGGGGCAGCGAUCACGAGGCGUUUUGCGAUUUCACUUAUUCACCGCUACAGAACGCGGCGGUUGCAUGACGAGUAGCAAUGGCACUCUAUUGAAGAACGGAUGGAAAUGGAGAAAUACAACAAAUCUCGAAACUAUAUUAUUCUUUCUAUUUUCAAAGAAUGAUUAUCGAAGAUAGAUGUCCACAGCUAUUUGUUUUAAUUCCACUAAUCUUUCUUAAAAUGUAAGAAUAUAAAAAUUUAUUAAAAUAUAAGAAACAACUUUAAUUGUAUCAUAUAAAAUAAAAUUCAGGAAUAAAAAAAUAUAAAAAAGAGCGAAACUGCACGUUAUGAAAAGACAAGAAUUGAGAACGAACUGUGUAAUAUAUCGAUAUUAUCGUUUCAUGAUUUAAUUUUUUCUUCAAUUAGUAAGAAAAUGUAUUGUUUUUAUUAUUAUAAAUAUGCAUUCUAAUAUUCUUUCUUGUUCUGUGGUGGACUAAAAAACGUAGCGCAAAAUAGGUGAUCGCUGCCCAAAGGCACUGAGCAAAGUUGGGAUAAUGAACGACAUUCCUUUGAACCAAAAAGCGUUAAACGCUAUUCAUGCCUGACAAGUGCGAGCACAAAAUUUGUCAUUUCGAUCUUCGACAAGCGCAACAAAUACGAAUUUAGUUUGUAUUAAUACCACGACGACAUAUUUGUAUAAUAUCCCUAACGCUUUUUGUAUUCCGUGCUCUAUUGCGUUUGUAUAAUUCUUUUUCUUUUCUAAAAGAGAAUAUGGAUUCUGUGAUAUGUGUUAGGUAAUUUAAACAAUGUUCUUCAGAACGAAGGCGUACUCGAGUGUAAUAUUUAUUAACGUAAAAAUGGGGAAAACUCGUCCAGAAAUAUGAAAGAUUCGAGCGAUCAUAUAUCGUGAUACGAAUUACAGUAACACAAGACGGAUGAUUCUUUUCUAAAUGAAAAUCGGAAGCGUUCCGAUCUACGAGAGAUCGAUUCUUGUCUAAAGACACGCAUCUUAAGGAUGCAUACAGAGUAAGAAGCGAUGGUUUUGUGCAGGUUGUUAUUACGAUAGGCGAGCAGAUAGUCCUGUUUAAAUAAAAGAAAGAACACUAUGUAUAUGCAUUCCACACACAAUACAUACAUAUACAUAUAUAAGCGAUCUCUCUCUCUUUCUCUCUCAGUUUACAUGCAUUAAAAUGAAAUUCCUACUGUCGGGAUAAGGCGUAAUUGUAAAGUAAGUUUCAGUAAGUUCUCUCUCUCUUCCUUUAACGAUAAAUCUAUACUCUCUACUUUUUACACUACAGUUUUUUUUUUUAAAUAAAAAUCGAGACCUUCAGUGUCACCGUAUGUUUCAAAUAAAUUCAACACUCCUGCGCGACUCUUGGCUUCCUGCAUAUUUAUUUUGAAUAAUUCGCAAUAAUUAAUAGAUUAUUGAUACAAGUUGGAAAAAAGUAAAAGUUCCCGUUUGCAGUUAGUCAAUUAGUCUCGCUUAGAAUGAUAAAAGUAAAAACUUGUCUGUAGUAAUUUUGUGCAAUACGAAAAAAAUCAUGAAAAAUUAUCUCCAAGAUUGUAAAAGUAUUUUAUAUAUUAUUUAUUAUUAAGAGAGUAUUACAUAAUUAGGUUUUGUUCAGUGUAUUACUUUGCAUUAAAAAUAUAAAUUAGUCGUUUAUAUAAUUUUCUGGAUAUAAUUUUACACUUUGAUUAAUAGACUACUGUAACGGGAAUAUAUAAGCUUUGUGCUCCUUAAGUUAUUCGAAUUCUCUUUCGAGUAGUUGAAAAUCUCGUUAGAAAGGAUAUGGGGACGAAAAGUGAUUCGUAGCCCGUUAAUUCGGCUAAACUCGUCUUGCCAAUAUUUUGUUAAUAAGUUUGUAAUUUUUGUACUUAAUUAAUUUAUACACAUUAUUUAUGUAUACGUGUAAUUCGUGUUUAGCGACGCUAGGUGGGCCUUCCAAUAAUUUUAAGCGCAUUCUUUCUCUCUCUCUCUCUCUCUCUCUCUCUCUCCCUCCCUCUUUCUCCCUUUCUCACUUGCAAAGUCAAGGAAAUCUCCCGUUAAAGAAUGAACUCUCAAAGAAGAUCCGCGCGAAUAAAAAUAUAAUAUAUGAGCACCAAAAAGAAAGCUAUUUUAAGAUAACAUUAAAAGAGCUAUUGUUUCCACGCGCUUCUAAAGGAACAUAACUUUGCAUAUCCGCAACCGCAUAUCAAAGUGGUAAAAAAAAGUAAAAGUUAAAGAGAGCGGUAUAUAUUUAGAUAUUCUCUUCCAUACCUUUCGAAUCAUCGUAUUAUUUAUUAACUAUAAUAUGUAAGAGACGUAUCAGGCGCGUUGUACAAAAAAAUAACGCUCCCAUUUAAGGAUAAUAGACGAAUUCCGUUUCCCACGCGUUUCACUCUUAACGCGUCGUACAUUUUAUAUGUUCAUACACACGAGAUAUAGCGUCUAACAUUCUUAGCAUAAUCGAAGGGGCAUCGGAUGCAAAGAUUAGACAAGUACGUUAUUCAUUGAAUAAUUAUGAAUUUCUCUUCGUAAUGCACGCGUACAUAAUGACUGACGAUUGAAACGUGAAAAGAAACAUGGAAAAAUGCAAGAGCUAUGUACAUUAUUUGUUUUCAUAACUGAGGGAAAACGAAAUCCCGAAAUGUCUCUCGAAUACUUUGUUGCAUUCCUGCAGCAUCCAAGCUAAACUUGUCUGACAUGCGUUAUUUGACGCAUCCUGAUCUUCGAUUAUCUAAAUUCACUACAUCUUGAUUGACUUUGUAACGCGCAGCUCAAGAUGACAUCGAAACUUGUUGCUAUCAUAUAUCCUCAUUGUCUUAUAAAUAUAAAGAUACAUUGUGUGUAAAACGUUUAUAGAGCGAUAGUUUCAAAAAGUAUAUUUUUAAAAUUUGCUCAUACC